AUGUCCUCUCUAAACAUCAAUCUUCUUAACUCGGCACUUUCGGCCAUGAUGGGAACCGAUAGCUUCGUAUCGGAAAAAGUAAUUCGAGAACAAGAUGCAUACAGCGCUUGUUAUCGGCAGAUAGACUUGAAGUCAUUUCAUCAAGCUAAUCUUGUCGGCGGCAAUGUCUAUUCCACUGUAAAUCAAUCCGGUCAAAAUGCACCACUAACCAAACAAGCGAUGCAAAUUUAUGUGAUAACUCUCCGUGGGAAAGCUAUUGUCAUCGACUGCGAACCAAACUAUACCGUAAAUUACUUGAAGGAACUAAUUCAGAUUAAGUAUGACAUUUCGCCAGAGGAUCAAAGACUAAUUUUUGCAGGCGAGCAAUUGACGGACGGCCGUACGCUCGCGGACUACAACAUUCAAAAGGGAAGCACGAUAUAUAUGAUUCUACGACUUUGUGGUGGUGGAUGCGUAAUCAGUUAUCUACCCUCAAGCGCCUUGGACCCGAGAUACGAUUACGAUUUUACACAUAUCAGGGAUAUCGGAGUGACUUACAUGCGAGGAAAAGUUCAAUACCAAAGACCAUGUGGAUGGCAACGGUUUGCUUUAAAGGUCUCUGAACAAUAUGACAAUGGUGAUGAUACUUGGCUUGGUACUGGCGGAACAGCUUGGCCAGUGUCUUACCAUGGAACCGCUAAAUAUCAUGCAAGAUCAAUUUCUCAAGAAGGAUAUUUGUUGAGCAAGGGAAAACGGUUUGCCUUUGGGCGUGGCAUUUAUUCAACGCCUGAUAUUAACAUAGCUGAGCGUUACGCAACGGAAUUUGAGUUUGACGGAAGGAAAUACGUGAUUGUAAUUCAAAAUCGGGUUAACCCGAAAAGUUUAGUAAAGAUCGAGGCCAGGGAAACCGGAGUUGGUGAGUAUUGGAUUUCCAAAGAAGGCAAAGAUGUUAGGCCGUAUGGAAUUUGUAUAAAGGAAAAGUAUUAA